AUGCUGCCCUGGCUUCUCGUCUUCUCUGUUCUGGGUCUCCAGUCCUGUGCUGUUUCCUCCUGGGACAAAGCACACACCACACAGGUGUCRGAAGGUCUGCAGGCCUUGUUUGGCAACAUCUCCCAGCUCAUUGAAAGAGGCAAACUCGGUCUUGAUGAUGUCUUCUCCAUGGUCUCGCGCAAGGAAUGGGGGGCAGAAGCUCUUGGCUGCAGCUCUCAACUGAUCAUGCCGGUGGAUGUCCUCGUCACACAUCAUGUCCCUGGGCUGGAGUGCCACGACCAGGCGCUUUGCAGUCAGAGGCUGCRGGAACUGCAGGCCUAUCACGUCCACAGCAACAGUUGGUGUGACGUGGCCUACAACUUCCUGGUCGGGGAYGAUGGCAGGGUGUAUGAAGGUGUUGGUUGGAACGUCCCAGGCUCGCACACCCAAGGCUACAGCAACAUUUCCCUGGGCGUCGCCUUCUUCGGCACCAAGGAAGGCCUCAGCCCCAGCCCUGCCGCCCUGUCAGCCAUGAAGGACCUCGUCUCUUACGCCGUGCAGAGGGGACACCUGUCACCUAGCUACACYCAGCCACUUGUGAGGGGCGAGAACUGCCUGGCUCCUCCCCCAAAGGCAAGGCUGAGGCACGCUUGCCCGAGCAUUGUCCCYCGGUCUGCUUGGGGGGCCAGGGAGACCUACUGUCCCAAGAUGACCCUUCCUGCUAAGUACGUGGUCAUCCUCCACACUGCGGGGAGGAGCUGCGGAGUGUCUGAGGAGUGCCGCCUGCUGGUGCGCGACCUGCAGUCCCUCUUCAUGGACAGACGCCACGCCUGCGACGUGGGGUAUAACUUCCUCGUGGGCCAGGAUGGUGCCGUUUACGAAGGGGUCGGCUGGAAUGUCCAAGGCUCCCGAACCCCUGGCUACAAUGACAUCGCCUUGGCCAUCUCGUUCAUGGGCACCUUUACAGGUACUGCGCCRAAUGCCUCUGCGCUGGAGGUGGCCAAGGACCUGAUCCAGUGUGCCGUGGUCAAGGGGUACCUGGCCCCCAACUACCUGCUGGUGGGCCACAGUGAUGUGGCCAAUACUCUGUCCCCGGGACAGGCUUUGUACAACAUCAUCAAGACUUGGCCUCACUUCAAACACUGA